UGCCCGCAAUUUCAAAUCAUUAAAGUGUUACUAAACCCAGGACCCUGCAUUCACUAUAACUGGUCUCCCACAGACCCUGCAUUCACUGUAUCUGGUCUCCCACAGUACUCAGAACAUAGAAAUGCAAUUAUUUUAGUAAAUAUAAACUGCUAAAUACCUUUUCUCACCACUAUAGCAGUCUUGUGACUUCUAUCCAGUGGCCGGUCGAACACUCGUAAAGCUUGUAAGAGUUUUCAUUCUCCUCU